AUGCACUCCCCCCUCGUUCCCCAUCUCUCUCCCUCCCCCUUCUCCCCCCAUUCCCCCCACACUCACUACUCAACCCCCGCUCCCCAUUUACCCUCGUCCUCUUUCUCCCCACUGCAAUAUCAGUCACAGCAGCAUCAUGCAAAGCACCUACACUCAUUCACCCCUCAUCUCCCUCCCCUCCCCUACCACCGCCUCAUCAACCCUAGUCUCCCUCUCUCUAACCACCCCACAUCCCCCCCCCCGGCCCCCCCUGACUUUUCCCCACUCACCCCCUCAUCUUCCCCACCCACUCAUCCUUCAUCUCACCCACCCACUCACUCCUCAUCUCACCCACCCAAUCACUCCUCAUCUCUCCCACCCACUCACUCCUCAUCUCACCCACCCACUCACUCCUCAUCUCCCCCACCCACUCAUUCCUCAUCUCCCCCACCCACUCACUCCUCAUCUCACCCACCCACUCACUCAUCCCCCCCACCCACUCACUCCUUAUCUCCCCCACCCACUCACUCAUCUCCCCCACCCACUCACUCCUCAUCUCCCCCACCCACCCACUCACUCAUCUCCCCCACCCACUCACUUGUAUCAUCUCAAGUAGCUCCUCAGCUGCCUGAUCUGGCAUGUAGCUCCAUGUGA